AUGUUGCAUUUUGCGCGCAACCUCUUCCACAUCACUGGUGUUCGAGUAAGCUCUUUCUAUUCACCUUUUCAUCCAAACCCAUUUCCAAUUUCCUUCACCCUAGCAUCCCCAUCUUCUCAAAAUUCAAUUUUUGGUUCUCCCAUGAUUUUGUUUACUAGCUUCUUUUGUGUUGUUAAAUACCCUUUUACCUCAAAACCUACAUUUGAUGACACUGUCUCAGAAUCAGUGUCUAGUUUAUUACAGAAUGAUGGUGCCCACCACGUGUUUGAUUCCGCGCUUGCACCCAUUCGGGUGUCUAAGGUUUUGGUGAAUUUGAAAGGGGACCCAGAGUCUGCAUUGAGAUUCUUCCGUAGUGCAGGGAAUCAAGUUGGGUUUCGCCACACCACUGAGUCUUAUUGUAUUCUUGUUCAUAUUUUGUUCUGUGGGAUGUUUUAUUUUGAUGCGAAGAAUGUUAUUAAAGAGUGGAUUUUGUUGAGGGAGAUUCCGGGUUGUGAUUGGUUUGAUAUGUUGUGGUUUACUAGGAAUGUGUGUAGGACAGGGUUUGGGGUGUUUGAUGCUUUGUUUGGUGUUUUGGUUGAGUUGGGGAUGCUUGAAGAAGCUAGGCAAUGUUUUGGGAAGAUGAAUAAGUUCAGGGUUCUGCCGAAAGUGCGGUCCUGUAAUGAGCUUCUCCACAAGCUUUCGAAAUCAAGGCAAGGGAAAUUGUCCUUGAGUUUUUUCAAUGAGAUGGUUGGGGCUGGCCUUUCGCCCUCAGUUUUCACGUAUAAUAUAAUGAUAGGCUAUUUGACGAAAGAAGGGGAGUUAGAAACUGCUAGGAGUUUGUUUGAACGGAUGAAACGUACGGGCCUUAAGCCGGAUGUGGUCACUUAUAAUUCUCUCAUUGAUGGGUAUGGAAAGGUGGGAUUAUUGAGCGAAGCAGUUUUUGUUUAUGAGGAAAUGAAGGAUGCUGGAUGUGAACCAGAUGUGAUAACAUACAAUUCUUUAAUCAAUUGUUUCUGUAAAUUUGAAAGACUUCCUCAAGCUUUUCAGUAUCUGCACGAGAUGAAGGAAAGAGGGUUGAAGCCAAAUGUUGUUACUUACAGUACUAUGAUAGAUGCGUUUUGCAAGUCAGGCAUGAUGCUGGAAGCGAUUAAAUUUUUUGUAGACAUGAUACGUGUUGGUCUUCAACCCAAUGAGUUUACAUAUACGUCUCUAAUUGAUGCAAAUUGUAAAAUAGGUGAUCUGAAUGAAGCAUUUAAACUGGCAAAUGAGAUGUUGCAGGCUGGUCUUAACUUAAAUGUUGUCACGUAUACUGCAUUACUCGACGGUCUUUGUGAGGAUGGUAGAAUGAAAGAGGCGGACAAACUAUUCAGGGCAUUGUCAGAAGCUGGAGUAGCUCUUAAUCUGCAAAUUUAUACUUCUCUUAUUCAUGGAUAUGUCAAAGCUAAGAUGGUAGAGAAGUCUAUGGAUAUUUUAGAGGAAAUAAACAAGAAAAACUUCAAACUAGAUUCGCCGCUGUACGGAACCAAAAUAUGGGGCCUUUGUAGCCAAAAUAAAAUACAAGAAUCUGAGACUGUGAUACGGGAGAUGAAGGAUUGUGGUUUGACGGCAAACAGUUAUAUAUACACAUCACUUAUGGAUGCAUAUCUUAAGGUUGGAAAAAUCACAGAGGUUGUUAAUCUAUUACAAGAGAUGCAGGAAUUAGGUAUUGAGAUAACGGUUGUGACCUAUGGUGUGUUAAUUGAUGGUUUGUGCAAAAAAGGUUUAGUUCAACAGGCUGUCAGUUACUUUGAACACAUGACCAAAACUGGUUUGCAACCUAAUAUUAUGACUUAUACUGCACUGAUUGAUGGCCUUUAUAAAAAUGAUUGUGUUGAAACAGCUAAUAAGCUGUUCAAUGAAAUGCUGGAUAAGGGAAUCAGGCCAGAUAAGUUAGUUUAUACUGCUUUGAUCAAUGGGAACCUUAAGCACGGUAAUCCUGAAGAAGCUUUGAGUUUGCGACAUAGAAUGAUUGAAUCGGGUAUGGAGCUUGAUCUGCAUGCUUAUACUUCAUUGAUUUGGGGUUUGGCGCAUUGCAGUAAAGUACAACAAGCGAAGUCAUUUUUUUAUGAGAUGCUCAGAGAGGGCAUCACUCCUGAUCUGAUUCUCUGUAUUAGUCUUCUCAAAAAAUGUUAUGAACUUGGAGACAUAUACGAAGCCCAGGAACUUCAUAAUGAUAUGAUAAGGAGGGGACUAGUUGCUGAGACAAUGGACAUAAGAGUUCCCUCUAAACACACUUGA